AUGAAGUUUGGACGCAACUUGCCUAGAAAUGUGGUGCCGGAAUGGAGCUCUUCCUAUAUUCGGUACAAGGCGUUGAAGAAGCUCAUCAAAUCGGUGGCGGAGAGUGCGAAGGCGGGUCACGAGGCAGAUCUUGCCGGCUUCUUCUAUUCCCUCGACCGAAAUCUUGAGGAUGUUGAUCAUUUUUACAACAAGAAGUAUGCCGAUUUCUCGCGUCGCUUGAAACUCCUAGCGGACCGAUAUGCCCAGCCCUUGGAUGGAAGUCACUUGGAUUCGGAGGACGUGGAAGACUUGUUGGCCGCAUUGCUAGAGUUGCGAGGACAGUUCCGCAAGCUACAAUGGUAUGGUGAGGUUAACCGUCGAGGUUUCAACAAGAUCACCAAGAAGCUGGAUAAGAAGGUUGGGGCGCAAGCACAACAAAAGUACCUUGAGACAAAGGUCGAGCCUCUGCCGUUCGCUUCCAACACGAGAGUUACAGAGGCAUUGAAGAAGAUCAAUGACUGGCUCUCUGUAUUGGGCGACCAGAAGACAUUUGAUGAUGCUAGUUCGACGCACUCCUCUCUCUCCUUGAAGAGGGGUCCGUCUCGUCCCAAUUUGAACCUUCCUGCAAACACGCUUCUUACCAUUGACGAAGCGUUGCGAAAGGAUGAUACCCAUGUUCUCCUGGAAUUGCUUGAAGACCUCAAGGCGGCCGCUGACGAAGCAGGCGAGAACUUCUUCCCAAAGGUUCUUCGAAGUCUCAUCCAGCGAUCUAUUUACUAUCGCUCCAAGGCCUGCAUUUCCGCUGUUCUGGGCCGUAUCGAGUCACUAGAGGAAGAUGACGAUAUUAACAAGCGCAAUUGCAUUCAUCGACUAGUGAUUGCAAUCGGCCGCGCACAAGCCACCACAGAUUCUGAGCAGUCUGCCUCCAUGGUUCUGGAUUUCCCGCUGGAUACAUCGAAUUACAUUACCCCUGCUGCACUUCCGACGCUACAGCCUCCUCGCUCGGUGGUGAAGGAAACGAAUCAACCUCAGCAUCUGACCAGGUCUGACCCAGCCGUUUCCGUUCUCGUGCACCUACUGGACAGUCUCCGUCCUCAUCAGCGAGAGUCUCUCCUAUCAAAGGAUUUGUCCGGUCGUACGCCACUGCAUUACGCUGCCCAGUACGGAUUCCGGGUUGUUUGCGAGGUCAUUAUUGAGCAUCUACAGGCCUGGGAUCUUUUCAAUGUUAGCGAGGGAAUCGACGCGCCGCGCUGGCAAGAUAACGAUGGUUGGGCGCCGUUGCAUCUUAGUGUCGUUGGUGGGCACCCUUUGACGACCCAGGCCUUGCUGAAGGCCGAAAACUGGAAAGGGCAAUUCCAAGAUAAGGCGAUGAUUCGCAAGCAAGUCUCGCGCUCGAGUGCUGUGCUCGCUCUGGCCGUGAAGGCUAAUUUCAUCGACAUAGUCCAGCUCUUGGUUGAUGCAAGAGUUGACAUCAACUACCAGGAUCACCAGGGUGAAACUGCGCUACACGUUGCUGCUCGGUUUGGUCAUGACCAAUGUGCUCGCAUCCUGCUGAAGGGUAAAGAUGACCAGAAAGCCGACACGGAACUUGCAGAGCACACUUACUCGUGGACUCCGCUCUUUAUAGCGUCUGUCGACGGCUCUUUAAGUGUCGUCGAGGCUUUGAUCGAAGCUGGGGCUGACCUUAAUCGCGUCGAUUCGUCUGGCUGGACGGCCAAGGAACACGCGGCCUUGAGAGGUCAUCUUGAUAUCGCCCGGCGGCUUGCGGAACUCACUCCUGCGCCUGAAAUCACCGAAGCAGAACCCGUUCUGACCGUUCCAGCUGUGCCACCUACCACACCUCCGAUAUCAUCCCAGUCGCAGUCUUCACUUCUAGAAAAACGGUCCAAUGGCGGGACUUCGACGGGGAGUUCUCCCUCGCGGAGUUCUGAGCCUGUCAAGUCAUUCGGACAUCGGUAUCUCACCGACGAAGCCAUGAUUCUAGUUAGUCUAGGUACCAUGGACAACCGGAAGCAUGUAGACGCCGUGAAUCUUGACCGAAUUCCCAUGGAAAAUGCCCAUGCCACUCAACUGGACACGGCUCUAUCCAUUGUCGUCUCCGCGAGCGGCGCGAAUGGCGAACCCGAAAUUAUCGAUUUACCCGUGCAGGAGAACAUCUCGACGGAGCCGAUUGUUUUCCACACCGCCGAUCCAAGCAAAGUCAGGUUGCUAUUUGAUCUCGUCCCUACUUAUGCUGGAUCAAAGGAUCAGAUUGUGGGACGUGGUGUUGCCUUGCUGUCAAGUGUGAAACCAACUGUGGGAUCUCACCGCAUAAACCUCCAAGGCGACUCUACCGUCCCUAUAGUGGCGGCCAACACUCUGGAAGUGAUCGGCUCUAUUACAUUCAACUUUCUCGUCAUCACGCCCUUUCAACACCCAAACAUGUCCAUCAACCGAGAGCAGACCUACUGGAAAAGUGUCGCUUCAACAAUGCUCAUUGGACAUCGUGGCCUAGGCAAGAAUUUCGCCAGUCGUAACUCGCUGCAGCUUGGCGAGAACACCAUCCAGUCCUUCAUCGCAGCAGCCAACCUAGGAGCCUCCUAUGUUGAAUUUGAUAUUCAGCUCACAAAGGAUCACGUUCCGGUUAUUUACCACGACUUCCUCGUCAGCGAAACAGGAAUCGAUGCCCCUGUCCAUACCCUUACGCUGGAACAAUUCCUGCAGCUCGGAGAUAGAGGUUCGGCUCGGACACCUACUUCUCCGAAAUUGGGUGCUGUUGGGAGGGACCCAAGCAACCCUCCGCCACGUCUCCGGUCAAUGUCCGUUGGCGGCGCGGAUAGCGACCUCCUUGAGUUGAACGAAAGAAUCAAGCACACUCGUGACUUCAAAAAGAAAGGUUUCAAGGGUAACAGCCGAGGAAACCAUAUUCAGGCGCCCUUUGCCACAUUGGAGGAGUUGUUCAAGAGACUACCCAAAUCGGUUGGGUUCAACAUGGAGUUGAAAUACCCCAUGCUAUACGAGAGUGAAGAAGAGGAGAUGGACACCUACGCUGUGGAACUGAACUCUUUCGUCGAUACAGUUCUGAACAAGGUGUACGAGAUGGGCCAGGGCCGGAAUAUGCUCUUCUCCAGCUUCAACCCCGAUAUCUGCCUGCUUCUGUCCUUCAAGCAGCCGUCCAUCCCUGUUCUUUUCCUAACCGAUUCUGGCUCUAGCCCUGUUGGCGAUAUCCGCGCCAGCAGCUUGCAAGAGGCGAUUCGGUUUGCUUCGCGUUGGAACCUGCUCGGGGUUGUGACCCAGGCGGAAUGCCUCGUGCUGUGUCCCCGCCUGAUCCGCGUUGUCAAGGAGUCCGGUCUUGUUUGCGUAUCCUACGGUACAUCGAAUAACGACCCUCACAAGGUCAAGCUUCAAGCCGCCGAAGGCAUUGACGCUGUCAUUGCCGAUUCAGUCCUCGCCAUCCGAAAGGGUCUCACCGAGCAUGAGGGCAAGGGCGGAUCUACACCUCGUAUCACUCCGAAUGCUAGCCCGUUGAGCCAGCCUACUAUCGCGGCUCUCAAGGAAGCAUACAAGAUUCCUGUCUUGAACCAGACGGAGCAGAAAGAUGAUCAUCUGCAUGUCAAACCAGACGCAUUGCUUUAG